CAGAAGCGUAGUAGUAUACUAAGAAAAGCCUUGGGGUUUCUUCAACUUACUUUUGUCUUGUAAAGGUCUUUCCAUAAUUCAAUUGCUUAAGACCCAAGAAUUUUCAUCCAACUUUGUGAAAACUACUGAUCUUUCUUUAGUAAAAUUCUGAGAAUAGAAAUCAAAUUGAAUAUGGGCUUGGUGGGCUUUCUUGAUUUCUUGUGGAAAUGCAUCCAACUACUUGCCUGGCCCUCAUUUGCUCUGGGGUACCCUCUGUGUGCUUCGAUUCGGGCAAUUGAGACUAAUUCUGAUUUCCAUAUGAGGAAGUUGGUUGCUUAUUGGAUUUUGUUUUCUUUGAUAUCUCUUUUUGAGUAUACAUUUAGUAAACUCCUGGAAUGGGUUUCAGUGUGGCCUUAUGUAAAAAUAUUAGUGGUAUGCUGGUUAGUGAUACCCUACUUCAAUGGAGCUAGUAUUGCCUACAACAAUGUAGUUCGUCCAUGCUUAUCUAUGCAACUACCUCAAAUCAUUGUCGACAUGUUAAACAAGAAGCAGUACUCAUCUCUUACUAGAGAAUCCUUUUUAGAAGAGACAGAAAGAUAUGUUAAAGAGAAUGGAACUGAGGCUUUGGAGAAACUUUUUGCUAGCAAGCCAAUAAUAAAUGAGCCUCCAGUUGCUCAAAAGGAUAUCAACGCUGUGGAUAUUCUGGACAAACAUGAGGCAGCUGCAGAGAACAAGGAUUCCAGUGGAGAUGAGAUGCUCUUUGGAUAUUCUAGGAGACAGAAAGCAAGAGCUGAAAAACAACAGAUUUCAACAACAAUGGAUGCAGAAUUCAAGGUUAACAAUACAGCAUUGCCAGAAAAACCAACAGAGAAUGCAUAUUUAGUACCUCCUGCUUUUAAGAAUGUCCAGAAAGAGUGGACUUGUGCUGUGUGUCAAGUAACAACGCAGAGUGAGACAACCUUAAAUUCACAUCUUCAAGGGAUGAAACACAGGACCAAAUGUGAGGAAUUGAAAGCAGGAAAGCAGACAGCGACAAGGAAAGGAGUCUCUAUUAGUGUACCAAACAAAGAGAGGAGUUGUGCGAUUAGUCAGGUAACAACUCAGAGUAAGACAACAUGGACUUCAUCCCUGCAUGAGGAAUUCACGGCAGGAAAGCAAACAGGAACUAAUAAGUCACGGCAGGAAUUCUCGAGUACAACAAAUAAGUCAGAACAACCUAAUCAAGUUCUGAAGAAAGUAUCAUCUGGCAGUGGAAUAAAUAAGGUUAGUUGUGCUAAUCAAGAUCAGAAAAAAUCAUCACCAAACAAGUUUGGCUGUGAUAUAUGUCAGAUGAAAUUACAGAGUGAGGCAACGCUGAAAUCACAUCUUCAAGGGUCAAAGCACAAGGCCAAAAUUGAACAAUUAAAAGCAAAAGAGACGACAGACACAGACAAGAUUACCUCGUCUGCCAAGUCUUCAGAUAAAAACACUACUGGAGUAAACAAAAAUUCAAGUGCCAAAGCAGAGGUAAAGAUAGAAGCUAAUGUCAGCAAUGGAUUUCACAGGUGCUCUAUAUGCAAUGUAACAUGCACCAGUGAAUCUGACAUGGCAUUUCAUCUCCGUGGGAAGAGACAUUUGUCCGGAGUUGAAGAUUCAGUUCACACGAGAGGGGUAUAUUAUUGGUGUGAUAUAUGUGAUGUGAAAUGCCAAAGUGAGAUUGAUAUGGCCUCUCAUCUCAAUGGGAAGACACAUGACUCCAACCUAUAUGACUCGGAUUGAUCCGCCACGCAUACCAGAAUAUCGCAGUUGUGAAACUUGCAGUUUAUGGGUCAUCAGAGGAGUGCUACUAAGUUAGAAACAUGUAGUGCUUCAUAUCAGCCUGUGAUAUAGUGGAAAAGAAAGAGGCACCGUAAUUGGCAGAUGAUAGAAGGCAGCCAUGUUCGGAAGGUAAAAUUUUCAUAUCUGUUAUUAAUGCGUACAUGUAUAUGUUGGAAAAUCUUAUACUGAAGUACGCUAAAAUGAAAUCAUACAGAACUGCAAAUAUUCAAGCAGAAGAACCAAAUUAGACGCUGUUGAACUCAGUUGCAACAUUUCCUAUCUGAUUAAUUAUAAUUCUUACAUAUGCUAUUAAUGUGGA